GGAUGGAGUUUUAUUAAGGACCCGCGAAAUCAAGAGUUGGGAUUUAGGGGCGUGCAUGGAAAGAGGUGGUUAAGUAAUUGGGUUAGCCAGGAGCAGAAGAUUAGGGAGAGGUUUAUUAAUAUUAGAGCCAGCAACCCAGCAGCCGCUAUAGUAGCAAAAGCGAUGCGAGUAUUCCGGCAGUAUUUGGCAGCGUUGGUGCACAUAACGGGUGGGUUGCCAGCGCGUGGAAUAGAGUUAAUAACGGUGCAGCAUUAA